CGCCCGCGCUACUGCCUCCGGCGGCUCCCAGGCUCCCGCGCCUGCGUACUACCGUCAGCCACGCCCCCCGCCUGGCUACCUUCCGGGUGCGCGCUGAACAUGGUGUUGUCUGAGCUGGCCGUGCGCCUUAACUGCGCGGAGUACAAGAACUGGGUAAAGGCAGGUCACUGCCUACUGCUGCUUCGCAGCUGUCUGCAGGGCUUCGUCGGCCGCGAGGUGCUCUCCUUCCACCAAGGCCUGCUCACUGCAGCUCCCGGCCUGGGCCCCCGCGCCGCCUGCAGCGGGGGUUCACGAUGCAGCCCCCGCGCCCGCCAGUUUCAGCCUCAGUGUCAGGUGUGCGCAGAGUGGAAACGGGAGAUUUUGAGACAUCACAUCAACAGAAACGGAGAUGUAUACUGGGGAAACUGCCGGCCAGGCCGCUGGCCUAUCGACGCCUGGGAGGUGGCCAAGGCCUACAUGCCCCGAGGACUGACAGACAAACAAGGACCUGAAGAAUGUGAUGCAGUUGCUCUUUUAAGUCUUAUCAACUCCUGCGAUCAUUUUGUGAUUGAUCGAAAAAAAGUCACAGAGUUGAUUAAGUGUCGUAAUGAGAUUAUGCACUCUUCAGAAAUGAAAGUAUCUUCUACAUGGCUUCAAGAUUUUCAGAUGAAGAUCCAAAAUUUUCUGAAUGAAUUCAACAAUAUCCCAGAAAUUGUGACAGUAUACUCCAGAAUAGAACAGCUAUUGACAUCUGACUGGGCUGUUCACAUCCCUGAGGAAGAUCAGCGAGAUGGGUAUGAAUGUGAAAUAGAAACCUACCUAAGUGAGAGCCAAAUUAAUGAAAUAGAGAUGCAGUUACUAAAGGAAAAACUUCAAGAGAUGUACCUUCAAGCAGAAGAACAAGAGAUGUCGCCUGAAGAGAUCUCAAAUCAACUGGAAGUGGUGACAGAAUUUCUGAGAAACAAUGAGGAUCUUAGAAACGGUCUUACAGAAGAUAUGCAGAAGCUAGACAGCCUCUGUCGGCAACAUCAAAAACUGGAUUCAAAGGAACCUGGGAGACAGACACCUGAAAGGAAGGCCUGAGGUUGCCCUUCGAGAAAAAUCAGGCAUGUUUAUAAAAGUCAGCAUGGUUUCCAUCUCAGAUGCAAAAGGAAAAAGUUACCAAAUGAUUGUACCCCAACAAAAAGGAAUUUUUAUUGUUUUGUCCUGCACCUUCCUUUGACUCUUUUGGAGUAUUUUUCUUUAAUAUUUAGAAACUUGGGGCUAUAUAAUCUAAACCAAUCCAAAAAUAUUAGAUACUCCUGUACCCACACUUGUUACCAUCCAGGGAUCUUUUGCUAUUUUAAAGAUGAGUUUCUUUUCUGGUCCUAAACUAUAGCUGCUUGACAUAUUAAAGGCUGUGUUUGACCUGACCUGUGCCAAAGGCCAAACACACCCUGCUCCCUCAUUGGCAGACAAUCCUAUUCCCACUGCCUGCUACCUGCAUGCUUGUAAGGAUGUCCAAGGGUGGGCUGAGAUUACUAUAGAAGCCUUUCCUUUUUAGAAGGCAAGAAGAAAAAUAGCCUGAAAGUGCAUGUUCUAGCCACUUCCAAUUAGCACAGAGUUCUUACUCCCAGGUUUGAGUAGCUCAAGGCUGAUCAGUGAGGGGCUGCAGAAUGGUGACUGCAGGCUAGGGUGUCCAGGGAAGCAGGGGUGUCAAGGGAAGGCGCCUCAGCUGACAGCUUAUUUAUGGUAUACCUGGGAAAAGGAAACUCCCAUGGUGGUCACGGCUAUUUUUGUCCAGUUAUAUCCCCAGUGCCAAGCUCAGGGCCUGUCCCUCACGUGCCCAGUGAAUGUUUCCUUGACUGAAGAGUCAUCUGUUAGCCUAGAAAUAUUUGUUGGCCUAAAUAUCAUUAGUUAGACUAUUAACUAACUAAUAAUAGUUAGACUAUUAACUUGUCCUUUGUUAUGAAAUUUAAGAAUAAAAUCUAAACUUUCUUAUGGAAAUUCAAAGACAUCAUUUUCUUUGAACAAAUUCAUGCUUACUUCCUUUAUUUACCCAAAAAGCAAUCCACUCCUUUCUUCAUUCUGAUUUCCUGAACUGUGCAACUUCAGCCCCAUUGUAUGCAGUGGUCUGUAGGGCCAGCCUCACUUUCACCUUCCCUUCCAUCUGCUCACUUCCAAGGCUAGUGGUACUUAACUGGGUCACAUUGCCUUUGGACCUUGAGGAACAGAAUUGCCAUGCUCCCCAGUGCCUGGAGAAAUCGCCCCAUUCCAAGCCCAAGUAAAAAACCUGCUUUUCCUAUUCAUCUACCCACCAAGGUUGUAAUCUGUAGAGAAUGGUCAGAGGGUAGGGGUAUAUUUGGUAUAUACGUUUACAUUAAAAUGCAUUUAAUAUAAUUUUUAUAAAACCAC